GCUCCUGUCUCGUGAUCAUCAAAUCACCACACGUUCGGUCAGGUCAUCAUCCCUGAUACCAUGUAACAUACACUCACUGUAUGAGGAAAAGGUCAUAAGUCAUUUCAGUCGGUAGUCGGUGAAUCCCUAGGUAUAUCUCUCACGCCAUGCGAGCCUGUCGUCCUCUGUCGCCACGCCUGCAACACAUCAACCGCUCGCUCAUCCCCUGCAGCCGGUUCGCUGCCCAGACGCGAUUUAAUCAUGCCGACAUUCAACCUCCUCCUCCUCCUCCUCAUCAACAUGAACAACAACAACAACAACAACAACAACAGCGGCGAUUGAGCAUCGCCCAGCUGCUCGAGCAGAACACCGCCCAGGAGAAUGUCGAACUGUGCGGAUGGAUCCGCUCCGUGAGGAAACAGAAGCGGAUCGCCUUUGCUGUCGUGGGCGAUGGAUCCACCACGGGAUCCGUCCAGGCCGUGCUCAAGCAACCAGAUCAGGCGUCCGAGUUAUCAUACGGCACCGCCGUCAAGGUCACCGGACACUGGCAGCCAUCUCACGGCAAAGGACAAGCCUACGAAUUACAAGUCGACCACCUCAAGGUCCUGGGCGAGAACAACGCCGAAGCCAAUCCCAUCCAGCCCAAAUAUCAGACCCCCGAAUAUCUGCGCACGAUCCCACAUCUCCGGCCGCGGACCGAGCACAAUGCGCUCGUCCUCCGCCUGCGGUCUCAAGUCAUCGCCAGCCUGACCAGGUUCUUCCACGAGAACGACUUCGUGCAAGCGCAUACGCCCAUCAUCACCUCCUCCGACUGCGAAGGCGCCGGCGAGGUCUUCUCCGUCUCCGCCGACGGCGAUGGCUCCGAGAAGGGGACGACCACCGGCCCGUCAGGAUCAGCGUCACCGGACGCCGAGCCUCCCGCGGUCGAGAGGCAUUUCUUCCGCACCCCGAAAUAUCUCACCGUGUCGUCUCAACUCCACCUCGAGGCCCUCGCCCAGUCCGUCGGAAACGUCUGGACGCUGUCCCCGACCUUCCGCGCCGAACGCAGCGACACCCCGCGGCACCUGAGUGAAUUCUACAUGCUGGAAGUGGAAAUGGGUUUCAUCACCGACCUCUCCCCGCUCCUCUCCCUGAUCGAAUCCAUGCUCCGCGGCGUGGCCACCGAUCUCCAAACCUCGCGCAUCGGCCGCGAACUCCUCGCCCACGAACAACAACCCCAAUCCCAAUCCCAAUCCGACUCCGCCUCCUCAGAGGACCUCCUCGCCCGCUGGAGAGGUCUUUCCCGCCCCUCCUGGCCCCGCAUCACCUACGAAACCGCCAUCGCCAUCCUGCGAGGCGCCGCCUCCACCGGCGCCGCUACCUUCUCCAUCCCGCCGACGUACGACGAAGGCCUCCAGGCCGAACACGAACGCUACCUCACCCAGCACUUCAACCCGGCCGGCCGGGACCCGACGCCGGUCUUCGUGACGGACUAUCCCACCGAGCAGAAACCCUUCUACAUGCUCCCCAGCUCUGCGGCCGAGGGGGGGGGGAAUACCGACACGGUCGCGAACUUCGACCUCCUCGUCCCCACCCACCUCGAGCUCGCCGGCGGCAGUCUCCGCGAGCACCGACUGGGAUUCCUCCGCGCAGCCAUGGCCGCGAAGGGUCUGUCCUCCCCUUCCUCCAGCAAUCCCACCGCGUCAUCAUCCCAGCAGCAGCAGCAGCCGCCGCCAGCGGACCCUCCAUCGGAACAUUCACCCCUAGACUGGUACCUCGACCUCCGCAGGUUCGGCAGCGCGCCCCACGGGGGUUUCGGGAUGGGCUUCGAUCGCCUGCUGGGCUAUCUGAGCGGGACGGGCAGCGUGCGGGACGUGGUCAGCUGGCCGAGGUGGAGCGGGAGGUGCGAUGGGUGAAUGGAUGGAGGACGGAGAGAGCGGGAGUGGGGAACAGAGGAGAGGGGGGAGAGCGGGGAAUGGAGAGAACAGGGAGGGGAUGCGGGAUUGGAGGGAUGGGAUGUGUUGCUGUAUCUGUAUUUUAGAGGGGGAGGGCGGUCCCGUGUAAAACUUCUUAUUGUUUUCCUUUGUUUCUUUUUCCUCCUUUUCGGGGAAGCUGUCAGGAUAGGGGGUUUAAAUUAUUGAGCGUUGUACGUUUAUCGAACAGAGAUAGAGAGAGAGGAACACUUGUACCGAGAGGUUUAUCAUCGAGAGAAAGCAGAGAGAGACCGCACCGGCUUCUCUGUGGGGAUCUUGGUGUGUUACAUGUAUACAUAUCAUCGAUCAAACACCUCCUCUCCAGGCUCUUUUUUUCCUUUCUUUCUUUGCUUU